UGAUAUUAUCAGCGGCUCUGCACGAAGUACACAUGUCCGAAGAAAUACUGAUAAAACAGCCCAGUGUUUAAAUCAAUAGAAGCGAUGUCGGAGGAGGACAUCCAGUGUGACUGUUCCUGCUGUGUCUGGCCCCAAUGUCGGGGGGUCGGGGACGACCGUGGGAGUCAGAGCGAGCCAGCCACAGAAGAGAUGCACCCUCUUUUGCGACGGAGACAAAAUGCAACGAAACAUCACUUGCCAAGGAAAGACUACGAGAGUUUAGACUAUGAUAGAUGUUUUAACGAACCAUAUGAAGAAUAUGUUAAAACAUCGGAAGAAAAUAACUCCACCACAAAGGUAGAAAUCAUCAAAUGGGUCGUGACUUUUAUGAUUGGAUUCCUGACGGGGAUGGUUGCAUUAUUCAUCGACUCUAUCGUCAAACUCUUGUCAUCAAUUAAAUUCUCUGUUGUUGAAGAAUCUAUAUCCAUGUGUUCUAAAGAUGGCUGUCUUGUCCUGUCGCUGUUGAUUUUACUGCUGUUCAAUGUCGGCUUCGUUGUCAUAGCAUCAUGUCUUGUUGUCACAGAGCCCGUAGCAGGAGGUUCUGGAAUUCCGGAGAUCAAAUGUUACCUUAAUGGGGUAAAAAUUCCUCGAGUGGGUCGCCUAAUGACACUCGUCUCAAAAGCUGUCGGGGUGCUCUUCAGCGUAGCCGGGGGGUUAUUCGUUGGAAAAGAGGGACCCAUGAUUCACAGCGGUGCCAUCAUUGGAGCAGGCUUCCCUCAAUUUCAAAGUAUUGCUUUCAAGAAGAUCAAUAUCAAGAAGUACGGCUUUUUCAGAUCAGAUAGAGACAAGAGAGACUUUGUGUCAAGUGGAGCCGCGGCAGGUGUCGCAGCUGCCUUUGGGGCGCCGAUAGGAGGGGUCCUCUUCAGUCUGGAAGAGGGUUGUUCUUUUUGGAAUCAAAAAUUGACUUGGCGUUCUUUUUUCUGCUCAAUGGCAGCAACUUACAGUUUGAACUUUUUCCUCUCGGGAAUAAACACAGCGAAUUGGGGGUACUUUUAUCUACCAGGACUCAUCAAUUUUGGAGUAUUCAAGUGCGCCAAUGAAAGCGGGAUUGGAUGUCAUCUUUGGAACGCCUUGGAUCUAAUAGUGUUUAUCUUUAUGGGUCUGUUAGGCGGAGUGUUCGGCGCUUUGUUUAACACCGUCAAUCUACUUCUGACCAAACACAGAAUGAAACACGUGCAAAAGAAGCACAAAGCCAUCAGAGUCUUGGAAGCCGUUCUGGUUGCUGCUGUCACUACCACUGUAUCAUUUUCGGCUGCAAUGCUGCUGGGAGAAUGUCGGAGCAUGGCAUCCAACCAGAGCAAUGGAAGUAUUCCGUUGGUUGACGAAUCUGUACGAACCUACUUCUGUCCAGAGAACCAUUACAACGACAUGGCCACACUAUUCUUUAAUUCUCAAGAAGAGGCUAUAAAACAACUCUUUCAUCAAGAAGGUAAAUUCAGCUUGGCAACUCUCGGUCUGUUCUUUCUGCUCUUCUUCUUCCUUGCCUGCUGGACUUAUGGAGUUCACGUCCCCAGCGGUCUGUUUGUCCCAUCUCUGUUGUGUGGGGCGGCCUAUGGACGGUUCGUUGCGACCGUACUUGUGCAAGUUGGGUAUGCCAAUCAUGAAAACUCGGGAACCUUUGCCUUGAUUGGAGCCGCGGCGUUUCUUGGGGGCGUGGUCCGAAUGACAAUUAGCCUGACGGUGAUACUGAUAGAAUCAACAAACGAAAUCAGCUAUGGCCUGCCAUUAAUGCUAGUUUUAAUGGUAGCCAAAUGGAGUGGCGAUUAUUUCAAUGAAGGUCUCUAUGAUAUUCAUAUCAAACUGAAAGGAGUACCGCUUUUGGAAUGGGAGGUCCAUCAUGGAACUGAAAGACUUAAGGCAUGCGAUGUCAUGGAUAAACCAGAGAGUUAUGUAUAUAUUGUUUCACGAGUGUCCUCUGUGAUACGCAUGCUUCGAACAACAGCACAUAAUGCAUUUCCUGUUGUGUCCGUGGCAGAUGGAAGAAAUUUAAUAGUUGAUCAAGAGUAUACACAGCCAAAUGGGCUUUUAAACGAAGAAAGGGAUGAAGGGCAACAGAUUGAACAGAAAUGGCGCUUUAAGGGGCUGAUCAUGAGACAUACACUAGUUUCAUUAUUGGAGAAUAAUGUGUUUUUCCAAGAGCAAAACGGGAGGAUGUCACAACCUGACAUUUCUUAUGAAGAUUUGACCAAAGAUUACCCUCGUUAUCCCGAUAUAUACGACAUCACUACGAUCCAUUCGGUGCCAGAAGACGCUCUAAUGGAUAUAAGUAGGUAUAUGAAUCCUAGCCCUUAUACAGUGUAUCCAAACACACCUGUCCCUCAGGUGUUUAACCUGUUCCGGAGUAUGGGGCUGAGACAUCUACCUGUUGUGGACCAUACAGGUCUGCUGCAAGGAAUAAUCACCCGCCAUAAUCUUACUCACGAGUUUUUGGAAAUGUGCAAAGAAAAUUUGGAAGGAUCUAAUGAAGAGGAAUAAGUAUCAACUCUCAAGUUUCUGUGCAAUUGUAAUAUAUGUUUAAAAAGAAUAAAGUCGGUCACCAGAACAAUUGUGAAGAUAGCAAAAGGGCUCCAGGAAGAACUUGCAAUUAUUUAGAAGCAGGUCCAUUUCUCAAGAACAUCAUCAAUUAUAAAUCAUAUCUUUUGUGCUCACACAUCUCAGUGGGUUUUUAGUAGGACCACAAUGACAGAGUUUUGAUAAACAUUCUUUGCGAGAUAAUUAUUACUUUGUUUAAAAAUUAAUCUUCUGGUGGAAUUUUACUUUGAAGUAGAUGUUUAUUUCAGGUACAAAUUGCAGAACGUGUUGAAAAUUUUAAUGCAACAAGUCAUGAAUAUUCACAUUUGAAAUCAAUAAAUAUUCAAUGAACUUUA